GAUGGUGAGAUAAUCAGAAGGGUACCUGUCUGUCUCCUGUCUUUCACACCAUUUUCAGUCAAACUGUCUGAGGAACCUGAAGAAUAUUCAGAGAGUUUGUGGAGAGCUAGGUCAUGAUGUCUGAUUCCAGGGUGUCCUCUGUCAUUCAGGAGUGGACAAGCUCAUACCCGGGUCAGGCCCACACCCAGACCCUGAACCCUACCACUUCCAACCAUGCUGGAUCAACUAAUCAGCUGGCCCAGAUGGACAUGAUACCAUAUAGCCAGUCGCAGGGACUGGCAAGAGGGGGCUGUGAUGACAGAAUGGCCGAGCAAAUGAUGGGACUGUCUUACCUGCCGUACACGUCGUCCUGUCUCAGCAGCACCUCGAGUGCAGGGAGCACAAACCACCACCAGAGCCACGACAACACUCAGCAGGACUUCUCUUCCUUCCUCCUGCCAACUCUGCGGGCCCCUGUAAACAAGAGGUGCAUCAGCAAGGACAGUGCAGAGUACCGCCUGCGACGCGAGAGGAACAACAUCGCUGUGAGAAAGAGCCGGGACAAGGCCCGCAGGAGGAUCCAGCUGACCCAGCAGAGGGCCCUGCAGCUGCAGGAUGAAAACCAGAAGUUGCAGAUGAGGAUAGGGCAGCUGACACAGGAGCUGGACACUCUCAAACACAUCCUGUCACAGCGGCACCUGCAUGGAGCUGAGGAGGGAGCAGCAGGGGAGUCUAGUAUCUAGACCCACAUUUGUACCUGGCAUUAACGUCUACUUGUAGGCAUCCGAAUCAUUAUUAGUGUCUAGGCAGGCCUUCAAGACUCAAAGUCAAAUGCCUGCUUGUUGAUUGUCCAAAUUUUCACCAAAAGGCAACCGUUUGUGAAAAAGUCACAUAUAGAAGAAGUAGAUUUGAAACACACUGGCAGGGCUGUAGCUACCAUUGAGGACACUGAGGUCAUGUCCUCUGUCUUUUUCCUUUAAAUUUUGGGGGUUAUAGCAGCCAGUGGGGAGUUUACAUUCUAUAAUUGACAUUCAUGAAGUCCUGUUAAGCUCUCUGUGCUUGCACAGCACAGCUUACAUUGAUAACGGUGGCAGAUUUAAGGUGGAUGUCCCAGUCCUCAACAGAUAUUUUUCUGACUUAACCCCAUGCCCCAUGACUUUGGAAAUAAUGCAAGGUUUCUACUGUUGGUAGUAAGUGAGUAAGCUAGACAUGCUAACGCUUGCACCUUACACUCUUGGGUUUUGUAAAGGCUAAAAAAAGACACUACCCUCCAAACUCUUAAGAAACAGUGUAUUGCUACUGCCCCACAUGAACAUCUUCAACAUGUGGAGACACCCAAAGCUUGACAGGCCUGGCAUGCCUAGUUAUGGUUGUUAAGCUAUAUUGGAAAAUAGCUGUUUGGGGCUAAUGAAUGGUCAAUUAAAUUCCUGGCAGUGUGGAUUAGGCUUUAAAACAACAUUUCAUAGUGAGAAAUAAAAUGUACAUACAAUAUACAGUGAUAGCUAACUGAAUAAAUAAAAUGUUUUUAAAAAUCCAAAUAAUAAAAAAUUUGAAACUCAA